AUGAAGGCCCUUCUCCUUCUCUUUGCCGCUCUCGGCGUCUCUGCCCAUGGAUUCGUCGAAACCAUCACCGUCGGUGGCACUGUUCACCAGAACUUCAACCCUACCACCCAUCCCUACAUGCCCAACCCACCCGCUCUCCCUGGCUGGACGGCUUCCAACACAGACCUAGGCUUCGUCGCGCCCAACGCCGUGUCCUCGCCCGAUAUCAUCUGCCACAGGUCAGCCACGCCGGGACAGAGCGCCAUCCCCGUCCAGGCAGGCCAGACCGUCACCCUGAAGUGGAACACGUGGCCCGGCUCCCACAAGGGGCCUGUCAUUGACUAUCUCGCCAGCUGCGGUUCGGGGUCCUGCGCCAACGUCAACAAGCAGAGCCUGCAGUUCUUCAAGAUUGCCGAAAAGGGGCUGAACAAUGGUGUCUGGGCCGCCGACGAGCUCAUGGAUAACGGCAACCGCUGGUCCGUCACCAUCCCCAGCGACAUUGCCGCGGGCAACUAUGUGCUCCGCCACGAGAUCAUUGCUCUCCACGGUGCGGGGAGCCCCAACGGCGCCCAGUUGUACCCGCAGUGUAUCAACUUCCAGGUGUCUGGCGGCGGUUCGGCGCAGCCGAGCGGUGUACCUGGCACGAGCCUCUACACGGCGACUGACCCUGGUAUCCUGUUCAACAUGUACGGAGCGACUUCGUACCCGAUCCCAGGGCCUGCCCUGGCGUAG